AGUUAAAUAGUGGCAUGCCUCGCUCGUCCUGAAGUCUCUUCUUGCUCGACAGGCGCUUCCAAUUCUUCCAUCUUGCCCACCCCUGUCUGUUCUUCUCCUGUCGGUGAAGGCACCCCUUCCACAAUGAGAUCCGCUCUCGGUGUCCUGGCCGGGGCCACGACGGUUGCGCUGGCCCAGGCAGCCAGUCUGGCAGACGUCUGCACGACCAGCCAUGCCAAGUCCUCCCUGCCGAUCAGCGAUGAUAUCGAAGGCCUCGAGAUUGACGCGUCUUCAAUCACCGCCAGCGCGGUCUACAACGCCUCGACCACGGGGGACUACUUCUACCCGGCCGCCGCCUCCUUCGAUUACUGCAACGUUACCCUCUCCUAUACCCGUCCGGGACUUGACACGCCCUACCUGUUGGAGAUCUGGUUCCCGGCGCCGGACGACUUCCAGAACCGUUGGCUUUCCACCGGCGGUGGUGGCUACGCGAUCAACGCCGGCACGAGCUCCCUCCCCGGUGGUGUGAUGUAUGGUGCUGCGGCCGGUAUCACGGACGGUGGUUUCGGCAGCUUUGACACCAGCGCGGAUGCGGUUUUCCUCUUGGCCAAUGGUACCAUCAACUACCAGACCCUCUACGCGUUCGGCUACCUGGCCCACCAUGAACUGAGUGUGAUCGGCAAGGCUUUCAGCCGGAACUUCUACGGUCUCACCGACACCGAGAAGCUCUACGCAUACUACCAGGGCUGCAGCGAAGGUGGCCGUGAGCCGUGGAGCCAAAUCCAGCGGUACGCGGACGAGUGGGAUGGUGCGGUCAUCGGUGCCCCGGCUAUCAGGUACGGACAGCAGCAGGUGAACCACCUCUACCCGAACGUGGUUGAGCACACCAUGGGAUACUACCCUCCCACCUGUGAGCUGGAAAAGAUCGUGAACCUGACCAUCGCGGCUUGCGAUGCCUUGGAUGGCCGCAUUGAUGGUGUUGUGGCCCGCACGGACUUGUGCAAGCUGCACUACAAUGUGACCAGUGCCGUGGGGGCGCCCUACUCGUGCCCUGCGGAGACCACGACCACUGUUCUCAAGAAGCGUGGUUCGAUGACCAACACCACCCCGGCCCAGAAUGGCACUGUUUCAGCCCUUGGAGCGGCCGCGGCCGCCAAGAUGCUCGACGGUCUGAAAACUCUCGAUGGCCGCCGGGCAUACAUCUGGUAUCAACCUUCAGCCACCUUCGAUGAUGCUGCCACCAAGUACAACUACGACACGGACACAUGGGAGUUGGACAUCACCUCCCUUGGUGGUGAGUGGGUGGCCCGUUUCCUGGAGCUUCGCGACGCGGAUAACCUCUCCACCCUCGAGAACGUCACCUACGACACGAUGGCGGAGUGGAUGGAACUCGGCUGGAAGCGGUAUGAGGAUAGUCUCCAGACUACCUGGCCCGAUCUGAGCCCCUUCCAAUCCGCGGGUGGUAAGAUCAUCCACGUGCACGGCGAGUCCGAUCCCAGUAUCCCGACCGGGUCAUCGGUCCACUACCACGAGUCCGUUCGUCAGAUCAUGUAUCCGAACAUGACUUUCCAGGAGAGCUCCGACGCUCUGAAUGAGUGGAACCGCCUGUACCUGAUCCCGGGAGCGGCUCACUGUGCCACGUCGACGACCCAGCCCAACGGGCCGUUCCCUCAGACGACGCUCAAGACGCUCAUCGAGUGGGUGGAGGGUAGCGUGUUCCCGACCCGACUGAACGCGACGGUGCUUUCGGGCGAACUUGAGGGCGAAGAGCAGCAGCUGUGCGCGUGGCCCCUGCGGCCGUUGUGGAAGAACAACGGCACGGUCAUGGACUGUGUCUUUGACGAGGCCUCGUACCAGACCUGGGUGUACGACUUUGAUGCCUACAAGCUCCCUCUCUACUAAGGAUGAUGAUCACCUUGUCCUCCUGUGAUGAUGUAUCUCUCGUGCAUGGAAUGCACUUUCCCUUCUCAUGUAUAUCCU